GAUAAAAUGUCUUUUUCUCUUAUCUAUGUAUCUGGCCUUGACCCAAUAUUACUCUGCAAAUUUGAAUCAUUUUAUUGGUUCAUUGACUGUAAUAGGAAAUAUAGCAAUCGGUCAAAUCAAUUUCAAGAUAACAGCAUUCAUCAAUGACAGUUAAAGAGUCAACAAACGAUAUUGAAAACACUAUCUUUUGCAGAUGCAGAUGCCAAUGGCGACCUUCUACUCAUCAAAUAUAAACGCUUGGCAAUACUACAGAGGCAUUAGAAAGCAAUCAACUGCUAGUGCGAAAGAAAGUAAUUUAAUUUUAUCAAAAAAAAAACUUUAUACAAAAAAUUAAAAUGCGCACAAUUUUUGUAAAAAUCAUAUCACUUUUGACUCUCAUCAUUAAUACUCACGCAGAGUCAUUCAAGGAGUGCAAAAAUGCCGCUGAAGGCACUUUUGUAGCGGUUGAGAGCAAUUGCCUCGCAUACAUUUACUGUCUAGACGAAGAGUCAUUCACCGAUACAUGUCCAGUUGGCACCUAUUUCGAUGCAGAGCAACAACAAUGUUUGCUAGAUGAAGAUGGUACCAAGUGCGCAACUUUUAUGGUGCAGCCUACACCAGCAAUGGCGCAACAGCAGGUGUUAACACAGCAAGCGCUAACUGAGACUACACCCACUGUGGCGACUAGUACGACUGCUGGUGGUUUGCUGUCGACAAGCACUUUGUCACCACGCCCACAGUGCAAACCAACUAUGGAUGAGUAUUUUCCAUAUCAGCAGCGCUGUGAGUACUACUAUCGCUGCACGCGCGGCUAUUUGAGCAUAUUGCGCUGCAGUCUGGGUUACGGCUGGGAUUUUCUGCAAGAGAAGUGCAUGCCUCUGAAAGAGGCGCAGUGCUUUAAAGCUCUGCGGGCGCAUGUUUCUAGUUUUUAAAUAUUUUUUUAAUGUUUUAAUUUUAAGUGUUUUGUUUUUGUAAGUAAACGUUUCGGCUCGGCAUAAAAAUGUGCAUGUU